CUGCUGCAUCCGCAUCUGCAUGAUCGCUGGGGCUGGGAGGAGUCCUUACUUAGAGUCCCCCUUCAAAACCGGGUCACCACACAGCGAACACAAGAGAGCCCUGGCCCUUCGCCAUGGAGUGGAGCACGGGUCUGCUGCUGUUCGGAGCAGCUUCUCUGCUCUAUCUCGUCGCCGUCGCCGUUUCCAGAGUCUACUUCAGUCCCUUGGCCGGCUUUCCGGGGUCGAAGCUCGCGGCGCUGACACUAUGGAACGAGUUCUACUGGGACGUCGUCAAGCGGGGGACUUUCAUCUGGCGCAUCGAGGAGAUGCACCGGAAGUACGGCCCCAUUGUCCGGAUCAACCCGUACGAGCUGCACAUCGUCGACCCCGACUUCUACGACGAGCUCUACUCGCCCAGCCACAAGUCGGACAAGUACCGAUGGUGGACCAACCUCGCCGGCGCCGACGGCAGCUCGUUCUCGACGGUGCCGCACGACCUGCACCGCCUGCGCCGCGGUGCCCUGAACCCUUUUUUUUCGGCGCGCUCCGUCGCCCGCCUCGAGCCGCUGAUCCGAGGCAAGGUGGACAAGCUGUCGGCGCGGUUUUCGGAGCUCGUCAAGACGGGCGAGGUCGUGAGGCUGGACGCGGCCUUCAUGGCGCUGACGAUGGACGUCAUCUGCGACUACGCCUUCGCUCACGACCGCCGGUACCUGGACGAGCCGGACUUCAAGCUCCUGUGGAAGGAGACCAUCAUCGGCGCCUUCGAGGGCGGCGCUGCCGGGCGGCAGUUCCCGUGGAUGCUCCCCGUCAUGAAGCGGCUCCCGCUGCCGGUGGUGUCCGCCAUGAACCCUUCCGUCGGCCAUCUUCUCCGCUGGCAGGCCGGUGUCAGAGACCAGGUUCGACCCAUCCUGGACCGGACGGACGACGACGACAACGACGACGUCUCCGGGAAGCAAGGGGAUCCGUCUUCGAGGACCACGGUGUUCCACGCCCUGCGCGACAGCGAUCUGCCCCCGGGCGAAAAGAGCCUGCAGCGGCUCUGCGACGAGGCCGAGAUCCUGACGGGCGCGGGCUCCGAGACGACGGCCCAGGCGCUCACGAGGAUCCUGUUCUAUCUCAAGCACGUCCCGGACACGCUGCGACAGCUCCGCACGGAACUGGACGCGGCGAUGCCAAGCAGCGCGGCCGAGGUGCCCCCCUGGGGCGAGCUGCAGAAGCUGCCCUAUCUGACUGCCGUCAUCCGGGAAGGCUUGAGACUCUCGUACGGAGUCACCACUCGACUGCCCCGGAUCGCCCAUCACGAUAUCGAGUACAAGGGAUACAGGAUACCUGCUGGAACUCCCGUGUCCCAGACGCCCUACUUCAUCCUGACGCACCCUUCCGUGUUCCCCGAGCCUCACAGGUUCCGGCCAGAGCGUUGGAUCGAGGCCGAGGCCAAGGGCAGACGUCUUGACAGGUAUCUCGUCUCUUUCGGCAAAGGCAGCCGUCAGUGCCUGGGAAUCAACUUGACCUACGCCGAGAUGUAUCUUGCAGUGGCCGCCGUCGUCCGCCGCUUCGACUGGGACAUGUUCGAAACGACGCUCGACGACGUCGUCUGCAAGCACGACUUCUUCGUCGCCGUCGCCGACUUGGACAGCAGAGGUGUCCGAGCCAAGUUGUCGUCCCGAGAUAACCGGAGGAUGAUAUGAUGGGCAACCCCCCCGGAACCGAACAGUCUCGACGGGGCCAUGGAUGAAUGAGUGACACACCAGGAUCGAAGAGAAACAGGUAAAUACGGCGGACAAGCGGAUAAGUGCCCUCCCUCCUCACCCUCGUCCUCGCGCUCUCGCUCAUUGCCCACUUCGACACUCAUCCAUGUACGGAUACCCCAGCUGUACAGGUAUUUCUCCGCAUCCGCUCUCUCUCGUUUAAGAUUAGACCACAUCCUUACGACCACUAUCUCACCUGUAUGCAUUUACCCCGCGCAGCAACAAGGUACGAGAUGCGGGGAGACGCGUGGUUUUACCUGUAGGAUCCAACAUGCAAACAUUCGCAGGGGGGGUUGGAAUCAUCCGCGCCCACCGGCAACCGCCUGGGGGGGGGUUGGCCCAGACAAGGGAAGGGAAUUCGCCGCCAGUUCCAUGGAAGAUUUAAGCAUCUUUUGCAUGUAUUUCCACUAAACAAGGUACAUACAUGUUCUGUGUGUGUGUGUACACUACACUCCUAACCCCCCGGUCCGCGAAAUCAUCCCCCGACCGGCCGAGCUGCCGGCCAUCGAGCAUGGGACUCGACUCCACAAAUCUUCCACGUAUUGCUGCGUGCGGAUUCGAGCGCCGACGAUGGCCUGUUGCGCCGGUCGGUGACAUCUCGUUUAACCUAGUUUUUGCUUCUGACGCUGUCUGGACUGGGAGUAUUUG